UCGACACGCCGCAAGAAAUCGACUCCUGAAAUUCCUGUUCUGAACCCUUAGCCGAGCUAAACAGACAAACUUGAAGUGCUUUUUUUGGGUAAUUCCUGACGAUUUAGGGAUGUACUGACGGACGGAGACGAUGAAGAUAAAAGUAUAGCAAUAAGAUGUGCUUGGCCUGCCGGAGGGCAGCAACAGAAGACAGUGAAACUACCGUGGAAGCAGCAACAGAAGACAGUGAAACUACCGUGGAGGGCAGCAACAGAAGACAGUGACACUACCGUGGAGGGCAGCAACAGAAGACAGUGAAACUACCGUGGAGGGCAGCAACAGAAGACCUUCUCAUGGCCUGCCAGUCUGUCUCCAUCAUCAACAUGGACGAGCAGGCCCUGCUGGGGCUCAACCCUAACGCAGACGCCUGCUAUAGGCAGAAGGCGAUGGUGUAUUUUGAGCAGUUGAAGGAGUCCCAGGAUGCCUGGGAGGUGUGUGCAGAGGCCCUGGCGAAAGGCAUUUACAGUGACGACCAUGUGAAGUUCUUCUGUUUCCAAGUCCUGGAGCACCAGAUCAAGUACAGACAUGGAGGGCUCAGUCCUGCCCAGCAACAGCUGAUCAGAGAAACCCUGAUGAAGUGGCUGCAGGGUCAGUUAAUGAACUCCCAGCCAGAGAAGCCGUUCAUCCGUAACAAGGCAGCCCAGGUGUUUGCUCUGACCUUCGUGAUGGAGUACCUGACCCACUGGCCCAAGUUCUUCUACGACCUGCUGUCCCUAGUGGGCCUGAACCCACACGGGGUCGACGUCUACCUCAGAACACUGAUGGCUAUCGACGCUGAGGUGGUGGACAGAGACAUCCUGCACUCCCCUGAGGAGGUUCGUAGGAACACAUUAAUAAAAGAUGGUAUGAGGGAGCAGGUCAUUCCCAGCCUGGUUGAGUCCUGGUACCAGAUCCUCGGGGCCUAUCAGCAGUCUCACCCUGAGAUCACCUGUCAAUGUCUGGAGGUAGUGGGGGCAUACGUCUCCUGGAUAGACCUCAACCUCAUCGCCAACGACAGGUUUGUGAACCUGCUGCUGAGUCAGAUGUCUGUGGAGGACCUGAGAGAGGAGGCGUGUGACUGUCUGUUUGAGAUUGUCAAUAAAGGAAUGGACCCGACAGACAAGACCAAGCUGGUCGAGUCCCUCUGUCAGGUCCUGCAGUCGGCGGGCUUCUUCAACGUGGACCAGGAGGAGGAUGUGGACUUCCUGGCCAAGUUCUCCAGACUGGUGAACGGGAUGGGCCAGUCUCUGGUGCUGAGUUGGACCAAACUGGCCAAGGGGGGCGACGUGAAGGAGGCCGCCGAGGCGCUGCGUGCCCUCGAGACCAAGGUUCCUCUGCUCCUCCAGCUGUUGGUCCACGACGACGAUGACAUCUCAGCCAACAUCGUAGGCUUCUGCUACGACUACCUGAACGUACUCAAACAGGGGUCCGAGUGGCAGAGUAACAUGCGUCAGGUAGGGAGAGGAGGACAGGAGGCCAUUGAAGAGUACUGGGACUCAGACAAGUUCCCGCUGCUGACAGACCAACAGAAGACUCACGUUGAGGACAUCAUGUUGGCCGUCAUGAAGAAACUAACUUAUGAUGAAGAGUACAACUUUGACAACGAGGGGGAGGAUGAAGCGAUGUUUGUAGAGUACAGGAAACAGUUGAAGAUGCUGUUGGAUCGCCUGGCUCAGGUGUCUCCUGACCUUCUCCUGGAAGCUGUGGGCAGAGUCUUCAACAACACCAUACAGCGUUGGCAGACGGCGUCCUUCAUGGAGGUGGAGGUGGCCGUCAGGCUGCUGUACAUGCUAGGAGAGGCUCUGCCUGCGUCUCACGGAGCUCACUUCUCUGGCGACACGGCCAAGACCUCCGCCCUGCAGGACAUGAUGAGAACGCUGGUCUCCUCUGGUGUCAGUGGUUACCAACACACGUCUGUGUCGCUGGAGUUCUUUGAGACGGUGGUUCGUUACGACAAGUUCUUCCUGGUUGAACCGCAGCACAUCCCGAAUGUCCUGAUGUCCUUUCUGGACCAUCGGGGUCUGAGACACAGCAGUCCUAAGGUCCGUAGCAGAGUGGCCUACCUCUUCUCACGAUUCGUCAAGACUCUGCAUCGUACCAGUAAGGCGUUCAGCAACAAGCAGACAGUGAAGCAGUGUGGAUGUACUGAAGUCUACAGAGACUGUCUGCAGACCUUCCUGCCUGCACUGAGCUGUCCUGUCCAGAGGGGGUCUCUGCGUAGCGCUGUCCGCUCCUUCCUCCACCGCAUGAUCAUCUGUCUCGAAGAAGAGGUCCUGCCCUUCGUCCCUGCGGCAUCGGAACACAUGCUGAAGGACUGCGAGGCCAAGGACCUGCAGGAGUUUAUACCACUCAUCAGUCAGAUCACUGCCAAGUUCAAGGUAACCAGGGACCUGCAGGAGUUUAUACCACUCAUCAGUCAGAUCACUGCCAAGUUCAAGGACCAGGUCUCUCCGUUCCUGCAGCAGGUGUUCAUGCCUCUGGUCCUGGCCAUCUUUGAGGUGUUGUGUCGACCUGCUGAGGACAACGACCAGGCAGCAGCUCUGGAGAAACAAAUGUUACGUAGAAGCUACUUCACCUUCAUACAGACGAUAACCUCCAGCGGGAUGAAUGAAGUCCUGGCCAACCAGGGUGUUGAGAACGUAGAGCGGGUUCUGUUCACCAUCAUCCAGGGAGCUGUCGAUAUUGACCCCAUCGCCCAGAAGACCUGCUUCAUCAUCUUGUCCAAGCUGGUGGAACUCUGGGGAGGUAAAGACGGUAUGGCUGGUUUCCCAGACUUCAUCUAUAAACACAUCGUCCCAGCAUGCUUCCUGGCUCCUCUCAAACCGUCCUUUGAUCUCACAGACGCUCAGACCGUCCUGACGUUGUCAGAGUGUGCUCUGACGUUGAAGAUGAUUCAUCUCAGAAGGGGUCCGGAGUUUAUCCAGUACCUUCAACAGGAGUACCUCCCUUCUCUACAGGUGUCGCCCGAAAUCACACAGGAAGUGUGUCAAGUGCUUCAGCAGCCAGACGCCAAGGUCCUCAAAAACUACAUGAAGGCUUUCUUUCAGCGAGCCAAACUGUAAAUACGAACCGAGCUGGAAGGAUUGAGAGAGGACACUGGAAACUAAGAGAAGACUGGUAGUGAGAUAGUACCACUCAGUACGGACAGCCGGACGGAGAGAUCUUAAAGACGGAGAGCUUAGCAUAGGAGCGGCCUUAGCACUUCUGAAGGUAACUGCAUAACCCCGCCCAUCCUGUCCACGCGGGAGGGAACGGAGCCAAGACACAAGGAGGCUUUCACUGGGGUGACCACACCCCCCUCCAAUGAUCCAGGACCAAUCAAGGACGUGCUCUCCCUCUGGGGUGGUACCCUGGUCAAGUGAAGAUGUGAUUGGUUGAAUUCUCUGCAAGACAGGAAGUAAACUAGAGUAUAGGCUUAUGGAACAAGGCUUCCAUAUUAGACUACCAAGUAUCCUUUAACAGGCCUCAUCUGUCUGUUGGUAAUGAUCCAACAAUGACCUGAACACAAUCUAACGAUUAGGAUUUAUUCCUUUAUAAAAAUGUUGUUUUUUUUGUUUUUUUUAAAACAUUUUCAAGAUGUCUUUCAUUUGAGUGGUUGAACGUGGAGGUUUUGUUUCUCUUUGCCCUGUGAAUGAAUUGAUGGACAAAAUAAAAGGGCUGGCUUGA